GACCAAAACAAACAUGGCCGCCGUUUUCUUGCCACCUGCGAGUAUCGCUUUAAUAUUAAUCCGAAAAUUCGAUGUUUUUGAAAGGAAAUCAAAAGGAAAACGUUAAAUUUAAGCCGACGUAAAAUGGGGGUUUAAAUUAAACCCGAUUAGACGUAAAAAUCGACUUGUAACAAUCUCGACGAUGGAGAAAGAGUUUAAACUGUCGGAUGUGCCCCGAAAAGAACGAAACUUCCCCACGUUGGAAUUAACCGAACAAAACCUUAACGCAAACGCCACCCAACAACCACUCCUCGUGAUAAAUUCACCAAAAACACCAACUUUAUGCAGGAAGUUAAAAGCAGUAAGCUUGGAUUCAGAUCCCCAAAAGCCAUCGAACAGUUUGGAGGUAAACCGUGAUGUUAUUUCAAUGCCAAAUACUCCAAAGCGACAAGUCAAACAAAAAUUAUUGUGCGAUUUUGACGAUGGGGCUCAAAAAUUUACAUUAACUCCAAGUUUUAGCUCGAAUUUAAGCAGAUUCGGAUCGAAUACGAGUAUUUCCGGCUCACAAACGCUUAAAACUCUCCCGGAAGUGAUGACACUACAAGAUUUUUCGGAUAAUAAUAAAGUGAUGGAACCAGUUAGAUUAAACAAAACGAAAGGUUUGUUAGAACGUAGAGGUUCAAACGCCAGUUUAACGAUAGAUUUGGGGUCGACUUUGAAUAUAAACGAAAUUAAAACCCCCAUAAUUCGAUUAAACCCAGCUAGAAGCGUAAACAAUUUAAAUUUGAGCAGUUUCGGUCAUAACGAGACUUGUAACUGUUUAAAACGACCUCCUUUCGUGGGAUUCGAUCGAAGAAAAUCGCAAACGCAUAUCGAAAAGUGCGAUAAUUGCACGAUUUAUGAAGCCGUUCCGAGUAAAAAUUGUGUUGUUACUAAAAUGGGGAGUCCUAGAAAAUGUUGUUGUUUGUGUUCGCAUAAAUCGCGGCGUAAAUCUUUAUCGAAUGAGAAUUUGUACGUUCCGCCGUGUAAUAUUUGUCAAGGUGAUUUGAAGAAGGAGUGUACGGGGUUGGCGAAGGGGCAUAGGAGAGCUUGUUACCCCCGACAAGCCGAUUUGGAUGCUUCGCAAUUACUCAGCGACGAUUUUAAGUUUUAUUUACAAAACGUGCAAUAUUUACAAACAGCUGGGAAUGUUUUAAAUAUUGAGGAUUUAAAAAUGUCGUGUGAAAUGUUGCGCGUCCCAAAGAUUCAUCAAGAAUUUUGGGAGGUUCCUUUAAAUCUGCAAGAAAAAUGCUUAGUUUCGGGGAGCCAAUCGAGAAAUCGUUACCGCGGGGUUCUCCCCAACGAACAUUCCCGCGUUAUAUUAACAACCCAACAGAGCUACAUCCACGCGAAUUACAUAAAAGGCCCUGAUUACACCGAAAAUUGUUACAUAGCGACUCAAGGCCCCAUGAUGCACACUUGCGAAGAUUUUUGGCAAAUGGUGUGGAGCUCAAAAUGCAAUUGUAUCGUAAUGUUAACGAAUUUAGUCGAAAAGGGACGAUCUAAAUGUGAAUUAUAUUUCCCAUUGGGUCGCAGAGUCGGAGCCGACCACAAAACUUACCUAACCGUAAAAACUCGUAGAGUACAAGACCGUUUUACGUUCGAUCGGACCCAAUUAACCUCAACGGCUCAAUACGAAGAGGAAACAUUUAAAUUUGAAGAAACUGACGAAGUUUUUUACGGAAAUUUUCGCAUUCGCUUUUUAAAAAAACAACAAAUCGGGGAAUCGUGCACCCUUAGAAUGUUAUCGGUGACUAAAUCGGGCGAAUCCGGCGAACGAUUAAUAAAGCAUUUUUGGUUCUCAAACUGGCAAGAUCACAAAAUGGCGAAUCCCGAAACGGUUUUAAAUAUAGCGAAAGAAAUAAUUGACGUUAUGGACAGAAACGCGAAAAAUGUAACCAAAAAGAAUGUUAAUAACACAUCGAAACGUAACUUAAUUGGGUCUAUACAAGAAAAACCGAUGGUUAUUGCGCAUUGUAGUGCUGGAAUAGGACGAACCGGGUGUUUUUUAGCCAUUUUAAAUGGUAUCCAACAACUGAGAAACACAAAAACGGUCGAUGUUUUAGCGAUUUUAUGUUCUUUGAGGUUGCAUCGUGGUGGGAUGGUUCAAACGGCCGAACAAUACGAGUUGAUCCACAGGGUUUUGAGGUUGUACGCGGAGGGUAUGUAGAUGUAUUUAUUAUUUUUUAGUAAAAUAGUGAAUUAUUAAUGAAAUAAAUAAAUAAACACCAAAGUAAAUUAAUAUAAAAAAUUGUAGAGGUCGUUUCCGAUAUCGAUGUAUAGCGAUGUAACGAUGAAUGUGAUAUUAAUUAAUCGAUUUCCGGUAAUUUUAUUAUUAAUUGUAUUUGUUUCUUACCACGUUUUUUACCACGAAGGUUGAAUGAAAGCGUCCCCCCAAGUUUUUUAUUUUUCUACAUAUAUAAACAUAACCUACUUUUGUUCCUAUUCCGAGUUCAAUAAAUUAUUAAAAAAAUCGUAAAAAAUGUAGGGGUUAGUGUUGGAAGAGUAAAAAAUAAAAAAAUAAUUAAGAUAAUAA